CUAAUUGACAGAAUCGAGGAUCUCUGUGUACUGGUCGGUAAAGUCGCUAUCAUUUUUCUUCUAUUUGUUGUUGCAGGGCCAAGAUGACGAAGGGUACGUCAAGUUUUGGUAAACGUCGUAAUAAGACCCAUACCCUUUGCAGACGGUGUGGUAGGUCUUCGUACCAUAUUCAGAAGUCACAGUGUGCCCAAUGUGGAUAUCCUUCAGCCAAGUUACGUUCAUACAAUUGGUCAGUUAAGGCCAAAAGGAGGAAGACCACUGGAACUGGUCGUCUCCGCCAUUUAAAAAUUGUACGUAGACGUUUCCGUAACGGUUUCCGUGAGGGUGGUAAGCCCAUAAAGAAAUCCUCGUAGAUGUAAUCUAUUUGUAACCAAUAAAUUUGUUUAAAAAAUCAAAA